CUGAACAUGCACGUUCAGCACACGCUAGCUAGUAAACUCGGACCUUGGAGCACAGCACUUUUCUUAUCUAUUUUAAAGAUUUCUGAGUUCAUACUAAUGAUCUGUAGGUUCUAAUGACAUAACGCCCCUGUUGAGGAUAUUUUUGCACAACUGAAAGAUUGCAGAUGUUAUGUGUGGUGUUUAGUGAUUGAGGUAACAUAAGGAAAAGAUUUUAUAUACAUUUUAAAAAGGGAGAUUGUAGCACUGGUAAAGCUUUAGAGUCAAAACUAAAUUUCUAACAGCAGACAGACAUGGAAAUAGAAAUGUAUGAAAAUGUAAAACGGAGGACGGGAUACCACAUCCAGCGGGAAGUCAUGGAUGAACUCAAAGUUGAUGAACUUGGAGAAAAAUCAGACGUCCACACAUCAUUUUUGGACAAAAUGAAAGAGUCCAUAAGGUGUUCUGGUCCUCGUGUAAAGAGCUGCUUUCUGUCAUCUGUUCCCGUGCUGUCAUGGCUGCCACGGUACCCAAUCAAAGAAAACGGUUUCGGAGACCUUGUCUCAGGGAUCAGUGUGGGCAUCAUGCACCUACCUCAAGGUAUGGCGUAUGCACUGCUAGCUGCUGUCCCACCUGUGUUCGGCCUCUACUCGUCUUUCUACCCCAUCCUUCUGUACUUCAUCUUUGGGACUUCUAAGCACAUCUCAGUGGGUACUUACGCCGUGAUGAGUGUGAUGAUCGGUGGUGUAACAGAGCGCAUGGCUCCAGAUUCAGAUUUUUUGAUCAUGAGCAACAGCUCGAAUGUCACUAACAUAGACAUUGUGGCACGUGAUAACGAGAGGAUCAAGAUUGCUGCAGCCGUCACCUUUCUAUCCGGCAUCUUUCAGCUGCUCCUAGGCCUGGUGCGAUUUGGAUUUGUGGUGACGUAUCUUUCUGAGCCCUUGGUCAGAGCCUACACUACAGCAGCAGCCAUUCACGUUAUAGUGUCCCAGUUUAAAUACACAUUUGGAAUCAGCCCGAAACGCUACAGUGGACCUCUCGCUCUUAUAUUUACGGUGUUGGACGCAUGUUCUUUGCUCGGUGAGACAAACAUUGGGACUUUGGUUGUGAGCAUUGUAACCAUCUUGGGUUUGGUAAUUGCUAAGGAAUUGAACACCUUUCUGGCACGCAAACUUCCUGUUCCAAUUCCUGUUGAGCUUUUUGCUAUUAUUAUAGCUACCGUAGUUUCAUGGCAAUUUGAUUUCAAGACUGCGUACAAUGUUGAAGUCGUAGGUUCCAUCCCAUCAGGUCUAAAGGCUCCGGUGUUGCCUGCGUUCUCCAAAAUGGGAUCUAUGAUCGGUGAUGCCUUUGCUCUGGCAGUUGUGGGUUACGGGAUUGCCAUCUCCCUUGGCCGAAUCUUUGCUCUCAAGUAUGGCUACAAAGUCGAUAGCAAUCAGGAGCUGAUAGCAUUAGGGCUGAGCAACUCAAUCGGUGGUGUGUUCCAGUGUUUUGCCAUCAGUUGUUCCAUGUCUCGCACUAUGGUGCAAAUAAGUACAGGGGGAAAGACUCAGGUUGCAGGUGCUCUCUCAGCUUUAGUGAUGCUUGUGAUCUUGCUAAAGAUAGGAGAACUCUUUGAAGAGCUGCCAAAGGCAGUAUUGGCUGCUGUUAUCUAUGUGAACCUGCAUGGCAUGAUGAAGCAGUUUGCGGACAUUAAAACACUCUGGAGGACAAACAGAGUGGACAUGCUUAUAUGGGUGAUGACAUUCAUUCUCACGAUCCUGUUCAAUCCUGAUCUGGGUUUGGCAGCAUCCAUCGCCUUCUCCAUGCUCACUGUCAUAUUCAGGACACAGCUCCCUAGGUAUUCUCUUCUUGGCCAGAUACCUGGCACUGACAUCUACAAACCCAUAGAGGACUAUAACCAGGUUCUGCAGAUUCCAGGUAUUGUGAUUUUCCGGUGCUCUGCUACGCUGUACUUUGCAAAUGCGGAGAUGUAUACAGAACACCUCUAUGAGAAGAGUGGGGUAGACGUGCCUAAACUCCUUUCACACAAGAAAAAGCUAGAGGCAAAGAGACUCAGGAAAGAGAAGAAGGAGGCUAAACGAGCAAAGAAACAAGCAAAGGAGGAGGCUGCAGAAAUGUCAGACAAUAAGGAACAAUAUGAGGUUGCAGUUGUAGCAAGUCCAGAGUAUGACCUGAGCCAUGACCCCUCUACACCCAAAGCCAUCAUCCUCGAUCUCAGUCCAUUGAACUUCCUGGAUACAGUAGGAGUGAAAACGUUACGCAAUCUCCAUAAGGAUUUUGGGGAUGUUGGAAUUAAAGUGUUCUUAUCAGGGUGUCAACGAUGUGUUACAGACAGUUUGGAGAAGGGAGAUUUCUUCAAUGACAAAAUCACUAAAGCGAUUCUCUUCUCCAGUGUCCAUGAUGCUGUUCUUAACUGCCAAGGAGAAAACACAAAGGAGUCAAAGACGGCCACGUAUUUCUGAACCCGAAUCACCACAUAUACAGAACAUCCUGAACGUUAAAAGGAAAUACAUGAUAAAAACUAACACUCCUCUGUAAAAACAAAAACACUGUUACAUUUUUAACUUGAAUUUGUUUAAAUCCAUUACAUUAAUAAAUGAUAAAAUGUUAUAGCUGAUAGCUGUGAUGACAUCAUGAUAUAAAAACUAUCAGCAUGUUUUUAUAUAUAGACACAGGUUGCUAUUGUAUAGUGUAAUUUAUAGCACAGCAGAUUUCAAAUGUUCAUUAAAUCAUUAAGAAGAUGAUAUUAAAUCUAACUUUGUGAUCAGUUCAAUUUAAUAAAUCUACUUAAUACAAACGUGAACAUAAUUUUCUUGUAAAUUACAAAUAAUUGAUCAAUAAAUCAACUCUGACAAAAUGAACUU